AGGACCAAUAAAAAGAUGCCAAGUCAGCUCCGUGACGUGCAACGUCGAUGCUCCCCGCAACAUAUAAUCCCACGUUCCCGCCCCACCUCUUUCACCCAACCGAGGCCGGCCAGUGGGUCUCUCUCUCUCUCUCUCUCUCUCUCUCUCUCGCAGAAACAUCUCAUUACGUCUAGAAAGUUCGUAGGUGUUCGUCCGCUGCUCGAUCGGACGGAAGUGUUCACGAUGGAGGGGAGGCGGAUCGGUCGACUUGCGUCUGCCGCGAUACUGCUGGUGCUGAGCUGCUUAGCUUUCCAGAUCCGCGCCUCUGAUGUGAUCUUCUACGAGUCCUUUGAUGAAUCGCUCGAGGGACGGUGGAUUGUGUCUGAGAAGGAGGACUACGAAGGUGUAUGGAAACAUUCCAAAAGUGAGGGACAUGAGGAUUAUGGGCUUCUUGUCAGUGAGAAGGCCAAGAAGUAUGCCAUAGUGAAAGAGCUGGAUGAGAACUACAGCCUCAAGGAUGGGACUGUUGUUCUACAAUAUGAGGUCCGCUUACAGAAUGGUCUUGAAUGUGGGGGUGCCUAUUUGAAGUACCUCCGACCUCAAGAAGCUGGGUGGAAGCCCAAGGAAUUCAACAAUGAGUCUCCGUACACCAUAAUGUUUGGACCUGACAAAUGUGGUGCCACAAACAAGGUUCACUUCAUCUUGAAGCACAAAAACCCCAAGACUGGAGAAUAUGUCGAGAAUCAUCUCAAGUACCCACCUUCUGUGCCUCUCGACAAACUCACCCAUGUUUACACUGCAAUCUUGACACCUGAUAAUGAAGUGAGAAUCUUGGUUGAUGGGGAAGAGAAGAAGAAGGCAAACUUCCUUUCGGCUGAUGAUUUUGAGCCUGCCCUUGUACCAGCUAAGACAAUCCCCGAUCCUGAUGACAAGAAGCCAGAGGACUGGGACGAGAGGGCAAAGAUCCCAGAUCCUGACGCAGUGAAACCAGAUGAUUGGGAUGAGGACGCCCCAAUGGAAAUCGAAGAUGAGGAGGCUGUGAAGCCUGAGGGUUGGUUGGAUGAUGAGCCUGAGGAGAUAGAUGAUCCUGAGGCUACUAAGCCCGAGGACUGGGAUGAUGAAGAAGAUGGUGAAUGGGAAGCACCGAAGAUCGACAACCCCAAGUGUGAGACAGGUCCUGGUUGUGGAGAGUGGAAGAGACCAAUGAAGAGGAACCCUGCUUACAAAGGGAAGUGGCAUGCUCCUAUGAUUGACAACCCGAACUACAAGGGUAUCUGGAAGCCUCGGGAUAUCCCCAACCCAGACUACUUUGAGCUCGACAAACCCGAUUUUGAGCCUAUAGCUGCUGUGGGUAUUGAGAUCUGGACCAUGCAAGAUGGUAUUCUGUUCGACAAUAUUCUGAUCACCAGUGAUGAGAAGGUUGCUGAGUCGUAUAGAGCUACAGCAUGGAAGCCUAAGUUUGAAGUUGAGAAGGAGAAGCAGAAGGAGGAGGAUGCGGCCCCAGGUUCAGAUGGCCUCACAGGCGUACACAAGAAGGUGUUUGAUCUCCUCUACAAGAUAGCGGACUUUCCCUUCUUGGAGCCACACAAACCUAAGAUUCUGGAUCUCAUCGAGAAGGCUGAGAGUCAGCCUAACAUUACACUCGGGGUUCUCGUUGCUGUAGCUGUUGUUAUCUUGUCGGUGUUCUUCAAGAUCCUCUUUGGUGGCAAAAAGAAGGUGAGCAGUGUUGCUGAGCCAACCGAGACACCUGCCCAGCCUUCUGAUGAUCAGGGCAGCAGCGUGGAAAAGGAGGACGAGGACGAGGGCGAGAAGGAAGGCAAUGCCCCUCGUAGAAGGAGCACCAGGAGGGAAACUUGAAAGACAAAACUGCUCUGCAGUGGACAUGUUUCGAGAUCGUAUAUGUCGAAAUUUUUGGUAGAACUAGUCAAAGCUGCUAGUGCUGCAAAUCAGCUGCAGCACAAUCUUUUCCGGAAGAUCUUGCUUUCUUCCAAGUUCUGUUUUCUUAUAUUGUUAGGGUUGAGAGCAACUCAUCAUUCAUUAGUGGUUUACUCUGCACUGCACUGUAUUUUGCUUAAUCUAAUUUGAUGUACACCUGAAUUUACGACUCAGACAAUAUUCUUCAAAUGUUUAGAUCUUGAUUGUGUUUGCGA